AUGAGCGGUCUUGCGAGUCCAAAUAUUCAACGAAAGCAGAGUAACGCUUCAGGUCAUAGCGCCGACCUAUCUGAACAGUCUACCCCUCGAGGAACCAAACGAGAACACGAAGAUGAUGAGGAGCUCGACUCCGGCGAAGAAGAAAUCGGAACCAAAAGCGAGAAAAGAGCCGGUCGUCGCAAAAUAAAAAUAGAAUAUAUCGAUGACAAGAGCAGACGCCAUAUUACCUUCAGCAAACGAAAAGCCGGAAUAAUGAAGAAGGCAUACGAGCUCAGCACCUUGACUGGAACUCAGGUCUUGCUUUUAGUUGUGUCAGAAACCGGUCUGGUGUAUACGUUCACCACACCAAAGCUCCAACCCCUCGUCACCAAACCUGAGGGAAAAAAUCUCAUUCAAGCCUGUUUAAAUGCUCCAGAUACGCCUUCGGGACAAGAGUCACCUAAUACGACGCGUUCCACACAAAACUCCUCGGUAUACGGAAAUGACAAUUCCCCGUCCGUAGAUAACAACAAUAACAACGACGCCUACGACAAUGAUAGAAAGCCUCAGACACCCGGAAAUCAGAUGUCACAACCUCAACCUUAUACCAUUGGUUUAAAUCCUUACAAUCAAUACGGUGGAAUUACUAAUGGUAUGACGUUGGGUACCGGUGGUAUCGCUGCACCGCCAUACAUGUCCACCGGUUAUCCGCAAUACAAUCAACAGGCUCAUCUGAACCAGUACGCAGCAUCGAGUAACGCGUACGUACAAUCGGCCACAGGAUACUGGCCCGCAAGCGCUACGAACGGUAACAAGGUGCCACAAUAUCCGAACCAAACGUCCGAAAAGAAAUGA